UCUCCUCUUUACCAACAGAAAUCUCUUUACCAAUUAAACCAAUUGACAGUAAACCACGAACCACUUGGCUACCUUCUUGGCGGUUGUCAGUGCAGUCAAACCCAUCCAAUACUACUGUACUAGUAGUCCAAUAAAUCCCUCUCUCUCUCCUCUCCUUCUCUCUCUAGUGUCGAUUGGGGAGUUUGGGUCUGCAACAGUCAUGUCUGGAAACCCUCGUUGCACAGUGUACGUCGGUAAUUUGGAUGAGAAAGUAAGCGACAGGGUGUUGUAUGAUAUUCUCAUUCAAGCAGGACGUGUGGUGGACUUGUAUAUUCCUCGUGAUAAGGAAACCAAUCGACCAAAAGGUUUUGCCUUUGCGGAGUAUGAGACUGAAGAGAUUGCAGACUAUGCUGUCGGGCUUUUCUCUGGCCUUGUGACUCUCUACAACAGGACAUUGAAAUUUGCGAUAUCUGGGCAAGACAAGCCCUCUGCAAACUUUCCCGGAUCAAAUUCUUCUUUCAGAGCAGGUCCACCCCCUAUUCCCUUUAACAAUAUGGAAGCUUCCCCACACUCCGCAAGAUUACCAACACCUAGUUUGUUUCCUGAACUCCAACUAAAUAAUAGUCCAGUUCCCUCUACUGUGGUACACCAAAGUAAUGGGUAUAGAUCAGAGUUUGAUGGCUACAGUUACGAUCACAGUCGAGGAGUUUUUGGGGCAACAAUGGAUAACAUUAGCCGCUCUAGGUCAAGCCGCUUUGAUAGGAGCCCAGUCGAUUAUCCAUUUAGAUGAUUUUCAAAGAUCAAUAAGUAACAAAUCUCACCUUCAUUUUACCUCUCAAGCAACUCUAACGUAAUCAGUGGUUGUAAGAAAGGAACGUAAUCAGUGGUUGUAAGAAAGGAGCUUCUCGUGGAAGAUACAUAUUUAACUUCAGAUGGUAGUUUGUGUUGCAGGUUUAGUCAGUUGUGUUUAUUUGAUUGCAUUGUGAUUUGGAGACAGAGACUCUAUAUGACAUUGUAUGUGUUGUACUUGUAACCUUAUUCCAUUCCCUCAAGUCGAGUGUUCUGAACUUGAGAAUUGUAAUGGGAUCAUCUAUAAGUUGUUGCUUCCCAGCAUCUUUUCA